CAGGACCAACCUGCGAACCACUGAAGCCGACAAGUUUGGAGAAAAAUGUUGGGACUUUAAUCAAUCUGCAGAGCCGAGAUGGAGCCCGCCUCACUCACGUGGGUAGGCUCACCUUGCGGUUUACACGGACCGUACACAUUCUACAAGGCUUUUCGCUUUAACCUUGGCUGUGAGAAACGGCUGCUGUCGCUGGGAGACUUCUUCGUGGUGCGCUGUGAGCCGGGAGAGCCGCUGUGCAUCGCCGAGCUGCAGCUGCUGUGGGAGGAGAGGACCAAUCACCAACUCCUGUCCAGCUCCAAACUUUAUUUUCUCCCAGAGGACACCCCGCAGGGGCGGAGUGCCAGCCACGGCGAGGACGAGGUGAUCGCAGUGUCUGAGAAGGUUGUAGUUCGACUGAAGGACCUGGUCAAAUGGACUGUAUGGGACCAGCAUGCCUGGGACAGAGGAAUGAAAGCUUUACCCCUGAAGAUGAGCUCCGUAACCACGGACUCCUUCCUCCAUUACCACGACUCAACCCUCAACUGUGGCCUUCAGUUCAAAGAUGUCUUAAGAGAGAAAGCAGCACUAGCUCCCAACCUGAAGGGCCGUCCCCGGAAAAAGAAGCUAUCCAACUCUUUGUUUCGUGACUCUCAAAGUCAAAAGGAGUUAGAGGUUAAAGGUCACUGUCAAACAUCACUUUUUUCCAAAGACACUGACGCAACAGCAGGAGGAACCACAGUCAAGUCAACAGCAGACAAAGCAGGCUUAUCCAAACCCAGAGGCAGCAUUGAUGGCAGUAACAGGAUCAAUCACAGUAGCCAGACCACAACACUCGCUCUGUCAGAUGAGAGAAGAGGAAGAGGACGAGGGGUGGAGUACAGAGCGGAGGAGCAGGCUUUCCUGGUCUCUCUCUAUAAAUAUAUGAAGGAGAGGAAGACACCAAUUGACAGGAUCCCCUAUCUGGGCUUCAAACAGAUAAACCUCUGGACCAUGUUCCAAGCUGCACAGAAGCUGGGAGGAUAUGAACUGAUUACAGCUCAUAGGCAGUGGAAGAACGUCUAUGACGAACUGGGAGGAAACCCAGGCAGCACCAGUGCUGCAACUUGCACACGUCGACAUUACGAAAGACUCAUUCUGCCCUAUGAGAGGUUCAUCAGAGGUAAGGAGGACAAGACCGUCAAACCCAGGAAACAGGAGGCGGGCUCAGACAAAGAAUCAUCCAAUAGUGUCUGUACCCCCAUCCUGAAGACCAAGCCAUGUCCUGAUAAGAAUGAGGAUCACAGCAGACUAUUGAUGGAACAGAAUUCUCAACUGAAACUUGAACCCCAAAUCUGCAUAACCCGUUUGGAUCCCCUACAGCCUUCACAUAGUUUGGGAAAAAGAGGAAGGCCAACACAGGAUUGUCAGAUUGAAACCGAGAUCCAGCUGAUGCUGGAACAGGAAGAUAAGGUGAAGAGGAAGAGGAGGUAUAGUGGGUGUGACCCCUCCUACCUGAAAACUUCUCCAGUGACAAAGGACAACAAGAGUGUAUUUCCACUUGCUGCUCCAAAGAUUUUCAACCAUGCCCACUCAGCGGUGGACCUGUGGCAGCAUCAGCAAGUACCAUUACAGGAUCAGGGCCAUAUUGGGAAACCAAGAAACCUGAAAUCUCCAACAAUCCCGGAACCCCCCAGUGAACAAGCCGAACUACCAAGGACAGAGGACACUUCUUCAGGCUUCACAACUCUCUUUGACUCCUCUGGGGUUAGCAAUGCGAUUAUGUCUCCACUGGCCAAGAAAAUCCACUGUCGUUCCAACUUUGACCAGCCCCCUCCACUCAUUAACUCAAGUUUAACCAGUUGUAUAACGGAAGAGGCAGCAGAGCGACCAGCUGUAGGCGCAGAUUCCUCAGUGGUGGAACUCAGUCGCCCUUCUGUGAUACAGCAUGUGCAAAGUUUCAAAGUCGAGAAAGAUAGAGCAACAGAGAUUAAAGCAAGCACACCUCCUCCUUUAUAUUCUCACGGACAUUUCCAUCAUGUGCUCCCUUCUCUCUACCAUCAAAAACAGCCUCGGUGUCCGUUAUCACCUCUGGUCACUCCUAAAAUGCCCAAAUCCAGCUGGACACCUCAAGGCUUCCACAAGGACCUCUCCUCAUCCUGGUCACAGCCUCAUCAUUGGCACAGGGCAGCUGAUAAAGGUGAUGGGGUGAUUGAUGCUGAGUUAGUUCAUGAUGGAUCUAAACAGCCUCAUGAGCAGGGAGCUACUCUCUCAAAAGACCCCGCUAGCUUGGUGGGAUUCCUUCAGUCUGCUGAUGAUUCAAAGUACUCCGCCCAUUCUGAUCUGGAAAAAUACUGCAAUCCAAGAACAACAGCAUUUAAUGAGCAACCCACAGAUCUAAGUCUCCCAAAGUCCUCUCCUAAACCACUUACCCAUUCCUACACUGCCUGUCCCCUCAAGUGUUCUGCAAGGUAUCAGGAGAGUACCCCAAUGCUCUCUCAGAAUGGACUCGCAGCCAUCAAUAUUGCACAUUACUCUAUAGCAAGGCAAGUUCCCCCAGUCCUGGUGGCUCCUGCAAACACAUGCAGUCCCAGACAACACCCAGCAGUUGAACCCUUUACUAGAGCCACUGAGGAAGCAGUGAAUGGUACAGUCCACAAUGGAGGAGGAGUAAAGAAACAGAAAGCAGGAGACGAGGGAGAGCAAAAACAAUUUGAAACGGCACUUUACAACAAAUUGCUGCACAAUAUCUGUGGUGCACGACCCUUCAACGAGCUUGGAAACCACAUCUCAAAGAGGAGGAGGCAAGCUGUUACACCUGCUCCUAAAGACCUCCUUUCCUUAUCUCCUUCUAGUAAGAUCGAGACACCCAAGGAAUUGGAUAAUAGUUUUGGGCGAGAAAAUGGAACCUAUUUCUCAAAUGUCCGACACCCAGCUAGCGGGAAAAUGCAACCUAUUUCUCAAAUCCCCGACACCCUUAUACCCGCAAGAACCCUUGCACUCACUCAGGUUCAGGACCUAUGCAGGAACACCUUGAGCAUUCCCUAUGCUAUGGACCAACCGCACUCUUCGGACUCACACCUCCAAAACCCACGUCAAUACCUGAAAACUCAAUCAACUGACUUUGUUUCCCCAUUGGUCCCACCCAUUGCCAUCUAUCCUUCGAUCAUACCAAGGCAGCUAUUGGAUCAGGCAGCUGCCAGUCCGAUACACAUCUACCAACAGACAUACGGGAAUGUGAUUCACCAUCGGCUGUAUUCAGUGUCAGUCAACCCACAGCCCACCUCCAGCCAGCCGCACUUAAACUCAGUUCAGCCAAGCACCAAGCUGCCAUAAGGCUGUGGCACUGGGCAUUACUCUCUCUCGUUACUCAGGUCUAAUUGUUUCUGAUCACUGUGAGCAACAGUAAGUGUGUGGAAUACAAUUUUACAAUACUCAUCUGGAUCACAUGGAUAUGUAUAAUGCAGAGUUAGAUCCUGACUCUUCAGAGUUUUUAUUUCACAGAAGGUUCAUACGAGAACCUUACCUGUCUUGUCUUUGCCUUGUUACAACAGACAGAACAUUUU